AUGGAUAUCAUAUCUCAGCUACAAGAACAAGCAAAUACUAUUGCAUUCCUAGCUUUCAAUACUUUCGGAACACUUCAAAGAGAUGCACCACCGGUGAGACUUUCCCCAAAUUAUCCAGAGCCACCUGCUAACACUACUACGGAAACCCCAACUGAUAUUGCAGAACAACCCAAGCUCAUGAGUGUUGCUCUGGUUAAGGCUGCAAAGCAGUUCGAUGUAUUGGUUUCGUCACUUCCAGUGUCAGAAGGAGAUGAGGAAGCUCAGUUAAAACGUAUUGCUGAACUUCAAUCAGAAAAUGAAGAAGUUGGACAAGAACUCCAGAAUCAGCUGGAGGCGGCAGGUAAUUUGUAA